GGGACCCAUGUGACCCGUGUGACCACACCUCCUAACAACUCCAAUCUAGCUUCUAUCCGGUCGCCAUGACCGCGGCCGUUGCUGUGGUAACACAGAAGCUCUAGCAGCGGCGGCGCUCACUGAUGACGUCACUACCCCGGGCUCCAGGGUCUUGUCGGAGGCUGUACACCCGCAGGACACAGGGUGUUCCUAACUGGCUGUGGUAUCGUACUGUCCUUUCAUAGGCAAUCUGCUGAGGUUCUUUAGCGGCUGUGGAACUACAAGGCUCAGCAUGGCUGUGUGUGAGCAGUGAAUGAGUCUCUCUGAUUAAAAAAACAAACAAACGAAAGGGUCCUUAGUUAUUUUGAAGCUGGAGGAGCUCAUGCAGUAAAUUGCUGAAGAAGACAAUGUCUAUGAAGAAGACAAGAGGGCCUUUGCAGAAUGCCAUAAAUGUGACAGAUGACCUAAAGCGUCAGUUUGACAGUUUACUUCAGGAGACCUUAGAAAAGGAUGUAUUGGAGCCCAGAAUCGGGAAAGAUGUCUAUGAAAGAUGUAUUCAUCUUAAGGAAUUAAUUGAAAAUAACAGAGAGGCACUUCAGAAGUUGAAAAAGAGCGAUGAACCGGGGCCUGUUGGGAAUUAUGACCAGAGAAAAGAGGAUGAAGAUCGGAGAUUGGUGCAGUUGUCUCACCAGCUGCAGAACCUCGCAAAGACUUUAGCACAUAGAGAAGGAGAUGUGAAAGAAACAAGUGGUGAUGAAGACGAAAGUGAAGAAGAGGAAGAUGAUGAAGAAGAAGAGGAGGAGGAUGAGGAAGAAGAGGAGGAAGAUGUGGAAGAAGGUGACAAUGAAUUAGAUGUCACUGCAAAACAUUUUAUCACUCUUGGAGAUUUUCUGGCACAGCAAAAAGAGGAUUUAACAUUUCAGAAAGGUGAAGUGUUGCAGAUUAUAGACAAAAAACCUGAUGGCUGGUGGGUGGCCCAAAACUCUAAGGGGGUUCAGGGGCUGGUACCCAAGACCUACUUGCAGGUAUACAAAGGGUCUGGCCAGAGUCCACUUCCCAGUGAAGAAGAAACUGAGGAUGAGGUGGGAGAGUCGGCAGAAGAUGGCAAUGUCAAUACGAAGAGACCUGCAGAGGACAUAGUAUCCCAGAUGAGCACCUCUAAGAAAACCCAAGAGAUGAGUGCUGCAGAAGCUCUGGCCACUAUGGGCACAAUCCCUACUGGGUUCCGAACAUCAACUCUUUCACAGCUUUUAGAAAAUGGAGAUCAGUACAAAGCCGACAGGUACCUUCAGCCUGAACUCACCUCCUCACAGCUGGGCUUUAAGGAUCUGUUUUGGGACUCAGGGACAAAAGGAAUUCUGCCCUUGCCAACUCGAGUCUCUGUGUUUUUGACAUUAUGGAGCUGUAAGAUGGUACCUCUCCCUGGGGCUAGCAUUCAGAUUCUUAGUAGACAUGUGCGACUCUGUCUGUUUGACGGCAAUAAAGUGUUAAGCAACAUUCAUACUGUGAGGGCUACAUGGCUGCCCAAAAAUUCAAGAACAUGGACAUUUUCUCCAAGGGUCACAGGUAUUCUUCCAAGUCUGCUGGAUGGGGACUGUUUUGUGAGGUCUGGCAGCCAGUCCCCUGAGAUAGGAAUUCUCUUUGAAGUUGGAGUUACCUAUAUUCGCAAUUCAACAGGAGAGAGGGGCGAGUUAAGCUGUGGUUGGACUUUUUUAAAACUCUUUGAUGUCAAUGGAAUUCCAACACCUACUAAGACCUAUGAACUGCCAUUAAAUGGUGGAACUCCAUAUGAACGAGGAGUAGAAGUUGAUCCCUCUAUUUCAAGACGAGCAACCAGCGGUGUCUUUCAUCAAAUAAUAACACAGAGAAGGCAACCCCGGCUUCUAGUUAAAAUUAGGUCACUGAAUAGAAGCAGAAGGGAAAUGUUAAAUCUGCUACCAGAGACGUUGGUUGGCAGUAUGUGCCACGUUCCUUUGUUGGUUUUCUACCGCCAAAUUCUCGGUGAUGUACUUCUAAAAGAAAGAACAAGUAUUCAGAGCACAGAUCUGAUUUGCAAUCCUUUGCUGGCAACUUUUCCCAGACUUGUGGAGCAGCCUGAUGUUGUGGAUGCUUUAAGGAGUGCAUGGGCAGAAAAAGAGAACUCUUUAAAGAGAUCAGAGAAGAGAGAUGUAGAAUUCAUGAAAAAUGCAUUCACUCAGGUGUACCAUGACACCGCAUACCCUCUUCUGGAAUCAACAUUCCUUCAGGCACCUAGAUGGGCAGAGGAUGAGACAGAAGCUACACGCUGGAAAGCAAUUGCUGAUUUCCUAAAACAAAACCAGGAAAAAGAAGGGUCCAUUCAUUACUUGCUGUCACCCGACAGUCUGCACAAGCCUUUUGAUAUUUCAGAGAUAACAUAUGAUUAUCUUGAAGCGGCAAGGACAUCUCUUGUCACAUUGUAACUUCACUCAUGGAGGAUCUUGUAACCGGAAAACACAUGAGCAGCUUCAUAUAGUCAGAAACCCAUUUUAUUUCAAACGGUGCCAGCUACCUUCAUAAUUAAUGUGCUGGAAGCAUACUGUGGAUGGAAAUUAUCAGUUUGGGUCUGAAUGGUGGUUCUAUAAGGUUACAAGAGCCCCUUUUGGUCCUCUAUUAGACACUUAAUAGUAUCUUAUUUUGCCAUACUUGAGAAAUCCUGCCAGUGGCUAGAGGCACACUAUUCAGUGUUGAACCUUUGUACAGAAAAUGUCAGGAUAUCUCAGGAGCAACAUUACACUUAAAAUGUUAAAGAGGUACUCUGCCCCUAGACAUCUUAUCCCCUAUCCUAAGAUGUCUGAUCGCAGGGUCCCCGCCGCUGGGCACCCCCGCGAUUUCUGUUGCGGCACCCCAGACAUCCGGUGCACGGAGCGAACUUAGCUCCAUGACAGAUGACUGGUGAUGUGGAGUGGAGGCUCGUGACGUCAUAGUCACAUCCCGCUUGUGACAUCAUAUCAUGGCCAUGCCCCCUCAAUGCCCAUAGACUUGCAUUGAGGUGGCGCGGCUCUGGCGCUGCACCCGAUGCUCUAAAUGAACGCUGGGUGCAGCAGGGAGAUCCUAUUCUUUGGAUAGGGGAUAAGAUGUCUAGGGGCAGAGUAUCCCUUCAAUCAUUUAAUAGUGAGAGGAGAAAGCUUGUGCCUUAUGCAUAUGCUGGAUAUUAUAAUUUAUAUGCAGUGUCUUUAAUUUUAGAUAGGUAUGGCAGGUCAGUUUCUCCAACUAUCACAAAUCGAUUCCAUCAUUUGAUUGAAUAUUGCACAAUAUCACAUGAUACCUUUUUUUUAUACAGCAGAUUAUUUAUAUAACAAUGUGUUGUGUGUUUUCUAGUAUUGUUUGUAAUUUAGUUGAUCGAUGCACAAAACUUCUGUUUAGCUUUUUUUUAAAUUACAUUUUACAGUUUUAUUAAAGUUUAUUAUUUAAAUGAUAUAAGCAACCUAUCACUGGCAUUAUACAGUAUGCUGUCAUAUAUUUAUCAGUUACAUCUUAAGGUUGCUUGGUAGACAAUCGCUAAGGGAAGGAUCAAGAAAAAUCAAGUUUAAUCAAAAAGUAUUAUAUUAUUUGUGUGUAGUGUUACAGAAGGUCAUUUUGGGUCAUUCAUAUUCUCUGAUGCACCAUAAGCAGCAGAAUUUACUCCAGUUAACCAGCUUAGGCUAAUCAAAUCCUUGUCUGUGUUGCAGAAAGGGUUGCUGUCAUUUAAAGCAACUUUCCUCCAUGUGAUAGCCUGUAUUAUAUUUGUUAAUAAUUAAAUUUUUCCAAUUUUUUUUUUUAUUUGUCAUUAUUAUCAGCAGCAGCAGAAGUAUAGUGCUUAUUAUAACCCCAGUCUCCACUUUCUGAUGCUUUUUCUUGUUGCUCACAUAGUACCUUUCAAUUAUUUAUAGUAGCAUACUGGGUUAACUAUUCCUCAACAGAGUGUUAAAAUCCUUUAGUCCAGUGCACUUUCACCAGCACUAUUUCAUGGCAAUGCAGAGAAAAGUAAGCAGUGUCCAGUGAUUGGCCAGACAAGUACGGGACAGAAAGUACCUGUAUGAAUAUUGCUGGCAAACAAUCCAGCUGGUCCUGCCCCUUAGAAUGAAGAAAAUGAGAAAUAGCUGUGCACCGUGGCUCUCAGUGGCUCAAUAACAGCAGUAAGAACACUAAAAUCAACUUGCCACCAUUCUGAAGGGUUAAUCUUUUGAAAUAACAUGUGUAAUUGAAUCGGUAAACAAGCUUUUUCAGUGUGCAAAGAGUAGGUGUCCACAUUUUGCAGAAAUGCUGCAUAUUGUCCAAGCAGAUAUUUGCAUAUAAAUAAACUCAACUAUUUCAGAUUACAGUACAAUGCAUGUGGAUGAGAUUUUAAUAAGCUCAUCCACACACUGUAAUUUCUCCAUGUACAAAUUGACAUGCAAUACAGAGAGUGCACAUCUUUGUUGCUGGUAUUCCUUUUGAAUUUGAUGCGAAAGAAAACAUCCACAAUCAAAUGCUAUUAUUGCACAUUUUACUUCAGAUUACCAUUGUCCAUUACAAAGUCCAGGUAAAUGUUUAUAAUAAAAAAAACUCUCCCCCUUAGCCAAUUCCCUGAUUACUCCCUUGGCAAUUGUUCACAUUUGUUCUAAUCUGUAAUCUGCUGCAUAUUUUCCAUACACCUGUCAUGACGACUGUGGGGACAGGGUGAGUGAGCCCUAAACUGACCCUAAAAAUACUCUUCUGCCUACUUGCCCAUCCAUCCUAUGGGAUGGAUCGACAACUUGGAGCCAGUCCUUCCCUGCGCUACAGUGCAGUGGCGUGAAAACAAAUAUAUACUUAGUUGGUCACAGGCCAGAAACUGAAAACUACCAGACAACCAGACAGGAUACAAAUACUAACAGAGCAGAAUAUAAACAGGCAAACUGAUCAGGAACAUAGGACACUGUUAAACAAACAAACAAAUACAAGUACAAAGGACAUAGAUCAGAUCAACCAAACAGGAUAUAAAUAUAGAACACUGUUCACACUGGACACCGAUAACUAACAAACAGAUUAGGUCCAUAACACAAGACUGGGAAACAGAUGAGUCAGCAUUGACUCCAGGAACAAACAGGAAUAAAAGCUCAAUCCCCAAAAAAACCUCCAGAAAACACAGGAAUGUCUUGAUACUAGAACUAAAUCUCCCAGUGUCCAUUGUGGAGCUAGGAUAUAUCUUGUACUAAAUCUUAAUUCUCUAGAGUCCCAUAAAAAGGUCGCAGGGAUGUCUUGUUACAAAAACUCAGAAAACUGAUACAAGAAAACGCACAGUGUUGACAGCGACAUAGCAGAACGGAAAUACAAUGCUAAAACCAACUAAUGUAACAGAGACUCAAAUCUACAUUAAAAGACUAUUUAACCAUGGCUAAAAACUCAGAUCAUAUCACAAGAUAAAUACAAGGUAAAUGCUCAAGCAGACAUAGAAGUAUAAUGCACAGACAUCAUAGCAGAAUUAUUGCACAAGCAGACAAAGUGUAUUGCACUAAAUAACCAGCAAUUAGAAUGCAGACUGACCUAAAGAUAUAAAGGGACACCUGCAUUGCAGUUGGGUGAAAUGCUUAACUUUUCCACGCCUGUAAAGGAAAGCACAGAAAUGGAUAAUGCAUAAAAAACAAGGUAUGAACAAUGAAAAUGCAAAAACAAAUAAAUGAUCAUUACAACACGAAUCCAUGUAAAA